AUGGCAAAUCACUCUUCAGCAGCUUUUGCCAUCCUCCUCCUCCUGGCUGCAGCAAUGGCGACUCCUCAAAAAGCUUCCUCCUUGCCCUUAGAUGUAAGCAGCGUCUUGAGAUGCUGGGAAGCCCUCUCCUACUUCGACGGCUGUUUCCCCAAGGUGGUGGUGCCGGCGGCCCUCAACGUCCAGCUGAAGCUGACGAUAGAGUGCUGCAGAGCAUUGGAAGAGAUAAGAGAGAACUGUUUCCCAAGCAUUUACAGUCCCAUCUUCUCCUUUGCUCCGAAGUUGGGUUCUGUGUUCCUACAAAUUUGUGGAGAUCAAUCCGCACCUGCGCCGCAGCCUGCAACCAUUGAUUAG